GGAGAAAGAAGAGUAAAGCGAGCUUUUCCCCUUUCUCGAGCCCUCAGAUCCAAUUAAGCCCUUCUUCAGCUGGAUCUGUUUGGCUCCUCAGCUAAAAAAAAAAAAAAGGCCCAAAUCCUUUCGCUCCUCCCUUCCAUCCCCAGAAAAUCCACAGAUCUCUCAGUCUCUCUCUAUCGCGGUCUCGACCCUCCAUUGCUGUUCCCUCGUGCGUCUCUUCGCAGUCUGUGGGUUUGUUUAGGGGUGGGGGAAAAAAAUUGGAAGUAUAACCAAAACCCUAGAUCUCGCAGAGCCCAUCGGAGCUUGGUUGGGCCCCCGAUCUUCCUACCUUCCGUCCUCUCUCUCUCUCUCUCUCUCUCUCACAGUCGCGCGAAGAUCAGCGUUUCCCUCCCUUUUUUCUUCAAUUGUCCGGAUUUUAAUUUGGUGAGAGAGAAUGACACCUGCUGAAGAAAGUAGCACUGGACUGUCAGACACUCCAGCUCCAGCUGUUGAGGGAAGCAAGCAGCCCUCGUCCCCUCAAGAAGGAGAAAAGAGUGUAGCAGCCCCUGAAGAGAAUAAUCAGACAGUGCCAUCACAAGAUGAGACAAUUGUGUCAAAGGAAGAGGAUAAUCAAAAGGUGGUUCCAAAAGUAGAGGACAACCAAAAGGUGGCGACUCAAGAAGAGGAUAAUCAAAAGGUGGCACCACAAGAAGACAGUGAUAAGAUGGAGUUGCAGGAAGAGAAGAACCAAGAGUUGGCAGCUCAAGAUGACAAAGAGAAGAUGGAGUCACAAGAGCAGAACAAUGAAUUGGUACCCCACGAAGAAGAUACAAAUCAGAAGCCUGUAACUGAAGAAGGGAGCAACGCCCAAACAGAUGUGUCACAAGAUCAGAGUAAUCUGACAUCAGUCCCAGACGAGCAGAAAAAUCAGGAGUUGCCAUCACACGAAGAGAACACCCUGGAACCGGUGCUACAAGAAGAAGAUAGCAGUCAGAGGUUGUCUCCACAAAAAGAGCACGAUCAGACAUUGGUAUCACAGGAAGAGAACAGUGGGAUGUUGGUGCCACGGGAGGAGUACAAAGAGACCGUGGUGACCGAGGAGGAAGACAGUGAGAUGGCAGAACCCCCUCAGGAGAGCAGUCAGAUAGCGGUGCCCCAGGAGAACAGUGAGAUGGUGGUUACAGAAGAGAAGAGUGAGCUGUUGGUGCCCCAGGAGGAUCACAAUGAGAUGGGGGUAACAGAAGUAGAGAUGACUGAGGUAGCCGAACCCCAAGAGGAUCACAAUGUAACGGUGGUGACUGAAGAUGCGAAGAGUGAGGUGGUAAUGCACCAGCAAGUGAACAGUGAGAUUCUGGUGACUGAGAGUGAGAACAGUCAGAAGGUGCUGCCCCAGCAGGAGAACAGUCAAAUUAUGGUGGCUGAGGAUGCGAACAUUGAUGUGGCAGCCCCCCAAGAGGACAGCACUCAGUUGGUAGUGCCCCAGGAGGAGAACACUCAGAUGCCGACAUCACACGCCAACACUCAGAUUGAUAACAGCAGCCAAAUGAUGUCGACACACGAACACCACAUGGUGGUGUCUCAUGAAGAGAACCACCACCAGAUGCUGAUGCCACAUGAUGAGAACAACAAUGAUCAUAUAAUUGAAUGCAACCAUCAUCACAUGGGCGACCAGCUGAUGCUGAUGGAAGAAGAUAACCACAACAACCAACUGAUGAUCCAUCAUGAUGAUGAUAACAACAAUCAGCUGAUGCUCCCCCAUGAUGAUGAAAACAGCGACCUCGUAACUCCCGACUCGCGGCCUAACAAGCGAAGGAGGAAGAAGUCCGUGGUCUGGGAACACUUCACCAUUGAGACAGUUGCGGAUGGAUGUAGAAGAGCUUGUUGCAAGCAGUGCAAGCAGAGUUUUGCAUACAGCACGGGUUCCAAGGUCGCUGGGACCAGUCACCUGAAGCGCCACGUAGCAAAGGGCACAUGUCUAGCCUUACUCCGGAACCACGGACAUCCUGAAAUGCUGACGUAUAAUAGUACCCCUGGAGGUUCAACUAGCGACCCACCAAAACGCCGGUAUAGAUCUUCCUCAUACUUCGCCUUUGACUCUGACCGAUGCCGCCAUGAGAUUGCAAAGAUGAUCAUCAUGCACGAUUAUCCACUUCACAUGGUUGAACAUGCCGGAUUCAUGAAUUUCGUCUCAAACCUCCAGCCUCGAUUUGGAAUGGUGAGCUUCAACACUGUCCAGGGGGAUUGUGUUGCUACUUACUUGAGGGAGAAGCAGAACGUGAUGAAGUUUAUUGAAGGACUCCCUGGACGCGUUACCCUUACUCUGGACACGUGGACUUCCUGUGAUAGCUUAGGCUAUGUAUUUAUCACUGGGCACUUUAUUGAUAGUGAUUGGAAGCCGCAGAAGAGGAUGCUGAACGUAGUGAUGGAGCCGUAUCCUGAUUCAGAUGCUGCCCUGAGCCAUGCAGUGGCGUGUUGCCUUUCUGAUUGGAGCUUGGAAGGUAAACUGUUCUCCGUCACCUUUAACCACCCCGUGGGAGAAGCUGGUCUCGAAAGUCUUCAAUCUCUGUUGUGUAUCAAGAAUACACAGAUUCUCAGCGGCCAGCUGGUGCUUGGCAACUGCAUCUCUUACACCUUGACCAGCAUGGCGCAAGAGUUAUUGUCAGCAUGUCAAGAUCUUGUGUCGAAAAUCCGCGACAGCGUGAAGUAUGUGAAGACCCUCGAUUCCCACCAGGCGAAGUUUCUUGAGCUCAAAGAGCAGCUCCAAGUCCCAACUGAAAAGAAUCUCCGACUCGACGACCAGGCUCAGUGGAACACGACGUAUGAAAUGCUGCUUGCUGCUUCGGAAUUGAAAGAAGUAUUUUCAUGCUUGGAUACCUAUGAUCCUCACUACAAGGAAGCACCAUCGAUGCUGGAGUGGAAGCAAGUUGAAACGAUUUGCUCACUCCUGAAAUAUCUGGUUGAUGCAGCUAACCUUCUCUCAUCCUCGACCAACCCAAUUGCAAUCACUUUCUUCCAUGAAGCCUGGAAGAUUCAAAAUGAGCUUUCUCGACUAGCUGCUAUCGGAGAUCCUUUCAUCAACAACUUCAUCAUAGGACUGCAGGACAAAAUCGAGAAAUAUAUCAAAGAUUGCAGCUUGGCUUUAGCAGUUGCAGUAGUCAUGGACCCUCGGUUUAAGAUGAAGCUGGUCGAGUUCAGCUUCUCGAAGAUAUAUGGUGAUGAUGCUCCUGCAUACAUAAAGAUUGUCGAUGAUGGGGUCCAUGAUUUGUUCAAGGAGUACGUGGCGCUGCCUCUACCACUGACACCAACUUACGAAGAAAAUGCAGACCCCAAUCUAAGGAAUGACGAGAACCAGCUCGGGGCCGCUGUGGACAACGGCCUGGCAGAUUUCGAUGUGUUCAUCAUGGAGACCACGAGCCAACAGACGAAGUCGGAGCUGGACAUGUACCUGGACGAUUCAUUGCUCCCGAGAGUGGCGGAAUUCAGUGUGUUGGGAUGGUGGAGGCAGAACAAGAUGAAGUAUCCAACACUGUCGAAGAUGGCUCGAGACAUACUGAGCAUUCCCGUGUCUACUGCAACAGCGGAGAACGUGUUCGACACUGUGCUGCCGAGAGAGAUAGAUCGGUAUAGAACCUCAUUGAGGCCCGAGACUGUCGAGGCACUCGUGUGUGCUAAGGAUUGGCUUCGUCAUGGGGCGGCUGCGGCAGCAGCAGGUGUUGGACCGAGUGAGUUAGUGGUGAAGAUGGAGUUUUAGGUUUGGUAGGAAUGUAUGAGAGCUUAUGUGAGUAGUGAUUAUGGCUCCUUUCUUUUGUGUAUCAUUAGUUGGACAAGGUAGUAAUGUAGGUUGGGUCCUGGAUUUGUAAUUUUGGUCGACGGAAGGUGUACUUCAUUUGCUAAUGGCGUUGUUACGCUUGUGUAGCUAAUGGUUAACUCAGACUUAAUUUUGUCUUAGUGUGUCUCAGCCUAUUGAUUUAGACUAUAUUGAUCACUAUAAAUGUGAUAUUCACAAAAAAAU